AUGGCGUCGCGACAACCCCGCGAGUACAAGCACUUCCGCGUGUCGUAUCCCGACAAGCACAUCGUCCAGGUCACCAUCAACCGGCCGGACAAGCUCAACUGUAUCAACAAGGAGACGAGCGCAGAGAUUGCGCAGGUCUGGGACGAGCUUGACGGCGAUGAGAGCCUGUGGGUGGGCAUCAUCACCGGGGUGGGGCGAGCGUUUUGCACGGGGGCCGAUCUUCACGAGUGGAACGAGAUGAACCGGGCAGGCGUGGUUAACAGCAUGGCGGCGCCUGGACUCGCAGGCCUGCCCCGCCGCAGCGGCAAGAAGCCCAUCAUUGCGGCUGUGAAUGGCAUUUGCAUGGGAGGGGGCUUCGAGAUGGUGGCCAACUGCGAUGUGGUAAUCGCUGCUGCGUCGGCCAUCUUCUCCUUGCCCGAGGUCAAGCGAGGCAUUGUGCCGGUCGCCGGCUGUCUGCCGCGUCUGACCCGCACCCUUGGCCUGCAACGCACCAUGGACCUUGUGCUGACGGGGAGGACGGUCGAAGCGAAGACUCUGCACGACUGGGGACUCGUCUCUCGUCUCGUACCCGCCGGUCAGGACGUCGCACAGGCUGCAGUCGAAGUGGCCCGGGAGAUGUGCAGAAACAGCCCCGACGCGCUCAUCGUCGGCCGGCUGGGCGUGCGCAUGAGCUGGGAGUACGGCAAUGUCGAGGAGUCGGUGUCAGCACUGGAGCACAGCUGGUACCCGAAACUGAUGGCCGGGGCAAAUUUUGCCGAGGGCAUCCGGGCGUUUACGGAGAAACGUGCACCCAAAUGGCUGGAUUCGAAGCUGUGA